UUUUGGGAGAAUAUAACACUCAGGCACUGAUGUAUUAUUUGUAGUGCACUCGACUCGCCUGCUCAUGAAAUAAUUCAGAAAAUCUAGUCUUAUUUAGUUCUGUCAUCUACGUUACUAAGUUAUGUUGUAAAGUAAGACAUCAUGAGUGUACAGUUAUCAUCCGGAGCCUUGAAGGCAAUCAAUGAUGGUACACAAGUUGACAAGCCGGUAUUCCAGCUCUUGGCACUGAAGAAACUAAACCAAUCAACAACUACAAACAAUGCCGUGGAUCGUUACCGGAUACUCCUUUCAGAUGGAAUUCACAAUAAUUCAGCCAUGUUGGCUGUGCAGUUGAACCAGAUGGUAACCGAUGGCAACCUGGAAGCAAACACAGUCAUCUGCCUGGAGCGCUACGUCUGCAACAGCCUGGCAGGUAACAGGCGUGUGGUGAUAGUCCUGGAGGUAAAGGUCAUAGCUACAGCUUCUCAGGUCGGGGGCAAGAUGGGUAAUCCGGUCGCUCUGCCCCUGGGUCCCAGCACUGGGGGCGGUUCCAAUGGGCAGCAGGCUGCAACACCACAACAACCAAUGAGACAACCAGCAGCCUCACCGAUGUCAGUCAAUAAGGGUAGCAGCUUCCAGGGAGCUGGUGGUAGCUACAACAAGCCAAACUAUGGAGGUGCCGCCGCUUCAGGGAUGAGUCCACCUAAACAAGCUCAGCCAAUCAGCAGUCUCACACCUUACCAGAACAGGUGGACCAUCAAGGCCCGCGUGUCCAGCAAGUCUAAUAUCCGGACUUGGAGUAACUCCAGAGGAGAGGGCAAGCUGUUCUCAUUGGACCUCUGCGAUCAGUCUGGAGAGAUCAGAGCCACGGCAUUCAAAGAUCAGUGCGACAAAUUCUAUGACAUGAUUGAGGUCGGAAAGGUUUACUACAUAUCUCGAGGCUCUUUGAAGUCCGCCAACAGACAAUACACGUCCAUUACCAACGACUACGAGAUGACGUUCAACAACGACACGACGGUGGUGCCAUGCGAAGAGGAAGAUGAGUCCAUCCCUACGAUGCAGUUUGAUUUCAGGACGGUCUCGCAGCUGGAGAACAUGAGCAAGGAUACUAUGCUUGAUAUCAUUGGUGUGGUGAAGAGUACCGGUGAUGUAUCUACGAUAACAACCAAGACGACUAACCGUGAGCUGACCAAGAGGGAGCUUCAAAUCAUUGAUGAUUCCGAGAAGAUUGUCAAUCUCACACUGUGGGGAAAUGAUGCUGAAAAGUUUGAUGGAUCCAGUAACCCGGUGAUUGCAGUGAAGGGAGCCAGACUGUCUGAUUUUGGUGGGCGUUCUCUCUCGGUACUCAUGUCUAGUACGGUGCAGAUCAAUCCCGACAUCCCACGAGCACACCAACUUAAAGGAUGGUUUGACAAGGUUGGCCGUACGCAGGAUGUCCAGUCCAUCUCUGGACAGAGGAUGGGCGGGGGAGGUGGGGCUAACGCCAAAUGGUUGACCCUAGAAGAGGUCGUCUCACAGAACCUUGGACAAGGAGAAAAGCCUGACUACUUCACCACAAAGGGGACGAUCAUCUUCAUGAAGAAGGAUAACAGCAUGUACACGGCGUGUUCAUCGUCGGAAUGCAAUAAGAAAGUCACUGAUAAUGGGGAUGGAACGUACCAUUGUGAGAAGUGUGCCAAGGAUUACCCUGGUUUCCAGUAUAGACUACUGCUUUCUGCCAACAUUGCGGAUGCCACCAACACACAAUGGACAACCAUGUUCCAGGAUACAGCAGAGCAGGUUCUCGGGAAAACGGCGGACGAACUGGGGGCACUCCGAGAUACGGAUGAAAUUGGUUACAACAAUGUCUUUGAAGCGGCUGCCUUUGAGACAUUUGUUUUCCGGAUGCGCAUCAAGAUGGAAACAUAUAAUGAGGAGGCUCGACUAAAGUGUACAUGUGCUGGUAUCCAACCAAUUGACAACAAGGAACUCUCCAAGAAACUCAUCACAGACAUCAGAGCUCUGGCUGCAGCCUAAACUCACCAUCCUGUCCCAUCAGAGCUCUGGCUGCAGCCUAAACUCACCAUCCUGUCCCAUCAGAGCUCUGGCUGCAGCCUAAACUCACCAUCCUGACCCAUCAGAGCUCUGGCUGCAGCCUAAGCUCACCAUCCUGACCCAUCAGAACUGUGGCUGCAGCCCAAACUCACCAUCCUGACCCAUCAGAGCUCUGGUUGCAGCCUAAACUCACCAUCCUGACCCAUCAGAGCUCUGGCUGCAGCCUAAACUCACCAUCAUGACCCAUCAGAGCUCUGGCUGCAGCCUAAAUUCACCAUCCUGACCCAUCAGCUCUGAUCACAGCCUUCACUCUGAUCACAGCCUUCACCAUCAGAGCUUUUGUCGCUGGCAAAACUCUCCAUCCCGACCUAUCCGAGCUCUCGCCACAGCCUUAACCUUCCUUCUUGACCAAUCAGAGCUCUUACCUGACAUAUUAUUAGAGCUGUCACCGUGGCUUAAACUCUCCAUUCGGACCCAUCAUACUUAUCAUACCGAUGAAUCAAGGCCUAUGUAUAUCUUUCUCCAUUACUGUUGUGCACACGUCCUUGGAUUUUAAACUGUUUGUAUUGAUAAAUGGUUUAUUAAAAAUCUAGCAGCACUAAGACUGAAUUACAAUGUUUACAGAAUUUAAAAACAUUGUAACAAUAACAAAUCGUUAAAUGUGUACAAUGCAAAGUCAACAAGGAAACUUUGAGAGAGUUUCUGGAAAACAAAUGUCCUUCAAUACGUUUCCUGAUCAGAAUGAAAUGUGUUCGCAGACCAGUGCAAAGUGUCUAGUUAUAGUUGUUUUAAAAGUUACUUUUCACUUUGACUCGACAUACAGGGGUAAUCAACUAUUUUCUACCACUUUUUAUACUACAAUGUUUGGCCUAAGAAAAGUCCAUGUGGCUGCACCAAGCAAGAUUUUUUUUGGAAACACUUUUUGUAGAAUGUAUCUUUCAAAAGGUUUUGAUGUAAGCUUAUGUAUUUUCCAUGUACAUGUACUGUUUACUUAAUAGAAUGAUCAAGGGUAAGUCUUACACAAUUACCAAAGCAUGAUUUAAUACUCCCAAGUUAAUUCUUUUUGGCACUUUCUGAGUUUUUGCGCAGGUGGGGGGGGGGGGGCAGAGCUGUGUUUUGGGAGAUUUGCAAAACUUAAGAUUUUUCGGUCAGUUAAAAUGCAUGUAGGCCUAUGUACACAGGGUGCCAAACUAAACUGCACAUUGGGUUGUGUUAUAUUUUAUUUGGGGUUAGGGUUAUUAUGGGGUUAAAGGGGUUACAUGUGGAAUUGUGGUAACCCCCCCCCCCCCCCUUACCCUACACCCUACGGUAGGGUGUGGGGGGGGUACCCUCUGCCCCAAUAUUUCAGGCAUGGACUGUACUACAUUUAUACCAAAAAUGGCGCCCAGAAAAGAAAACUGGUUCCCCAUAAUACACAAAAUACAGUUGAAUAUUAUUUCGUUUUUCCUUUGUAUUUUCAUACUGCAUGAAAUAAAUUUUCUUCAGUACAUCCUUUUGUCUCACUGGGUAUAAUUUUGUGCGCUAAAAAUAUCAAGUCUUUCAUAAAUAAUAUAGAACAUAAUGUAAAUUGGUAAUAUCAAAAAUUGCACAGGUUUGGUAUUGGUGAGCUUAGAAUAUCCAAAGCCUUGCAAAAUAUUCCAUUCAGGCUGAUGGCAUGGGCCCUUACCAGGGAUGAGAUUUAUCAGACUUUUAUCUGAAUUCAGACUUUUUAAGUCUGCCUUGUAAAGAAAAUCAGCCAUUACUUUUUCCAUA